UUUCUCUCUCUUUCUCUAUUUUUCUUACCGGCUCUCUUUUUCUCUGUAUUGUAUUACCUGAUCAUCAUCAAUCAAGCUAGGGUUUCUCCGAUUUGAUCUCUGUAGAUCGACGUUAUGAAUUCCGAUAAGAUCUGCAGCGUUUCGAUUCCCAUGGCGGCAUCCAGUUCUAAGGAUUUGUCCAAGAAGAAGAGAGUUAACAGGUCUGCAAGAUUAAAGCAAUGCAAGCUUGAUGCUCGUCGUGAACAAUGGCUAUCUAGAGGCAAGAACAUUUCAUGCAAGGAUGUAACAGAAAUCGAAACAGAAACAGAUAGUGGAUUAAGAAAACCGAUCAUGGAUAUAGAUCAUACAGUGAAGGAUAAUGAAUUAUCCACGAGGAAGUUAGAUAUAAGGUCUAUUCAUCAUUACAGUGAUUCAGAUUCGCCUUCGAAUAGCCCUGUUAGCCGUGCGAGUAGUAUGUCUGGAACGAAUUUCACGAGUAGUAGCAGGGGAAGUGGAAGCAGUAGCAGUGGAGGGAGUUGUAAUGGGAGUAUGAUUGGAGAAGAUGAAGAAGAAGGAAACGAUAACGAUGGUUGUCUUGAUGAUUGGGAGGCAGUUGCAGAUGCCUUAGCUUCUUCAUCACCAGUUCCUCUACCCGGAAUUGAAAUUCAAAACAACAAUUCAAACCCUAGGUUGGAAACUGUUAUUCCUGUAGUAGUUCAGCAAAACAAUAACCGAGCAUGGAAGGCUGAUGAUGUUUUCCGUCCUCACAGUCUACCUUCUUUCUCGAAACAACUUAGUUUUCCCAUGAAUUCCAAACGCCAUCAUCAUCACCACCACAACCAUCACAACCACAAUCAUAAUAAUAACAACAUUGCAUCAUCAUCAUCUGCACCAUCUUCUUGUCCUAUUUGCUGUGAAGAUCUUGAUUUAACAGAUUCAAGCUUUCAUCCUUGUUCAUGUGGUUUUCGACUGUGUCUUUUCUGCCAUAAGAGGAUUGUCGAAGAUGAUGGUCGUUGUCCAGGCUGCAGAAAGGAAUAUUCCUAUUCCCAUGGCGGAGGAAUCGGCAGCCUGAAUAUCCAGUUGGGUCGUUCUUGUAGCAUGGUAUCAAGGUUUUAAUCAUCCCUUUUGAAUGUGAGUACUGAAAAUAUAUAUAAGUUAUAACUAAGUCUCUUAUUUUGAAAGGUUUGUUCUACAGUUCUUACUGUAAUGAUGAUCUUCAUAAGCUUAGCUUCUCAUCUGUUUUGUGUUUUUUGGAGAAAACUGGGAAUAAUCUGAUUCUCUUAUGUUUGAUCAACAGAUGUAUAAAUUUGUUGUGUUGAUGUAGAAACUUUGUCUAUGUGAAUAUUAUCUAUAAUAUAAUAAUAUAAAUAUAUUGAAAUUUGUUUAUUUUGCA